AUGCAGUUACUGCUCCGCCGCGUCUGGGCUGCUGGGACUAGCCUCCAUGCAGGCCUCUCAGGCCUUCACCCGCGAGUACACUCCUUCAUCACAGCUGCUCAUGCAUCAUCUCGCAAUCACUCCUUCAUCACAGCUGCUCAUGCAUCAUCUCGCAAUCACUCCUUCACCACAGCUGCUGAUACAUUAUUUCACGAUCGCGCUUCAGCAUAUCUCAAGCAUGCGUGUGAGUUGCUGAAGAUUAAAGCUCCAACUGGGAACGCCUAUGCCGUUGCACUAGCGCUGAAUGAUAAGGAUGCGGAGAAGGAGCUGCAGCUGCAGAAGAAGGAUGCGGAGAAGCAGCUGCAGCUGCAGCUGCAGCUCCUGGAGAAAGAUCAUCAGAUUAUUGUCAACUACUACAAACGGCGAGUGGCAUACAUCACUCAGAGGUGUAGAGUUUGUUUGCCACCAUGGUAUCUGGUUGAGGAUCUUUUCAGGAAAGCUAUGGAUAUUAUUGCCAACAGCAAGGACGAGGAGAUCAACUCUGUACAGAGAGACUUGCCGCGGAAGGACUUGGGGCUGAUGAUGAAAAGAGAGCUUUCUAUGACUAAAGAGGAGAUCAGAUUUUUCAGCGAUGUUGCACACGUUUUCAAGAAGGAGGUGGACUUUUUCGACGACGCGUCAGCAGAAGAGGGAGAGCUGAUGGAAACUAAAUCUAUCCUGGAAAAAUAUAGGCGAAAAUCUGAGGACGACACUGUCAGCGAGCCAAAGCCAUGA